GUUGAAUGGGGAUUUCUUCGUCAACCUUUCCCAGCCGAAAAUCAUUCUUUUUGAAGUUUGGUCUUUCACCUUGACUCCGUGCGAAGCUUCUUCUAUCGAGAAUACCUACCUUGCCCAUGUUGAGGUAGUUGUUGAUUAAUAACCUAUUAGCAGCAGAAUUCUUCGACACGGUCAAACAACUCGCCCUCGAUACCGAUAUUUUGGAACUGGCCUACAGCCUUGGCCUCAUUGUCUGUCGAAUUCUAUCACCGAACCGCGCGCCUGCUCAACCAAGGCACAAGGGACGACGAACAACGGGCCCAUUCGAGAUCUCAGUCGUCGCAUCAGUUGAAACUGAAAACCGGGGUUGGGCGGCUCAGAAGUUGGAACGAGUGGUUGUCAAGCUUCCCCAACAUCUCUAGGGUUAGGGGCCGACCCAGUGCAUCUACCACAGGGCAACGUCAGCUCGAUCCACCUUGGACCGGCAAGCUUCAAAUCACGGCGUACAAGAUACGAGAGUUGGUCCAGCUGUGAAACUAUGGGUUCGAUUCCUCAAAGCCCCAGCGUGGCCAAGUCGAUUGGCUCAUUACGGAGAAGAGACACGGGCUUCCCGGAACCUUUCUGUGGCCAACGGAAUACAACAUUGCCACACCCCGAUGCCAUUGUUAGCCCCGAUGCUUGCAUCACUGCAGACGACAUAUCUGUUUCCAAGGCCAGGACUCGCAGAUCAUUGCUUCACAGUCAAAAGUACAAGCAUACGCUCAGCCACGGCAGAAUUUCACCCAAUGACAUGUAUCGGGCGAACGAGAGCAUGAUGGUGGAUAGCGAUGGCGACUCUCCUGUGCCACCACCAAUCGCCAGAAUGGCAUCGAUUAACACCAAUUCGACUGGCAUCCGGCCCUCAACUAAGGACAGCUACGAUGACCGCAGAUCGAGCCACCCAAUCUCGGAAAUGUCCAUGGUAUCGCCGUCCACGACUUCGAGCUCCUCGGGUCGGAGAAAGAGCCUGUUCACAAAGUUCAGAUGGAAUCGUGACUAGAGGACGGCUUUGGAAAACCAACUAGGGAACGUCAGCCUCUAGUAUAUUCAGCACACGUAGCGAUGUCCACGUGGAUGAAACCAGUCAUCUAUACGCUCGCUUUUAAAUACGACGCUCCUCGAGUGCCGCACCAGGCGCACUACGCUCGUUUCGAUCAAAAGGUGGACCGGAACCAGCUGGUCAGCCUGUGACGAUAUUGUCGAAUUAGUCUCCGGGAUCUGCGGUUACGCAGCACUUCUGCCAACAAACAGCAUGCAAUGACUACAGCUGUUGGCAGAGCUUUCCUUGGAUGUCACAAACAAUUUCCUACGGACACAAAUACAGCUCAAUGCAAAUCCGCAAGGUCUGAUGGACCAAACGUGGCUCUUCUGCAAACACUGAGUCCGAAGUUGUCUUUUUUUUCUGUAAAUCGAUGGAGGGCAGUGGGAUUGCCUUUUGGAAACGAAGAGAUAAAUAUCUCAUUUUUUGGAUACAAGGUUUUGCCUUGUCACGUUCGUUCCCCUUUGUCAAGCGUGGAGUUAACGGUCUCCCACGCAUGCAUCAAUUAUACAUACUCACAGGUAUAGUUUGGCGUUAAGUUUUAGAUUGAGGCAUAGCGAGUGCCUUUUCGGUGUCUGUUUCUGGGAUGGACACAAACGUGAAGGCGAUAUUGCCCAAACACUAUGGUUAAUGACAAAAGUUACGAUUAAUAUAUCUCAGAAUGGAGCACACUGAUAUCACACCCCGCA